UUGCAUCUUGUGUAUGGCGUGGUUAAGCUUGCAGCCUGUCACCUCGGCCUUCCUCCAUUUUGGGCUGGUUACUUUUGUGCUGUUUUUGCAUGGUUUGCAGGUGGAUGCUGGCCUGACGGGAGACUCAACCAGUACAGUACAAAACAGCUCGUGUUCAGGAUCUUUUGACUGCAAGGAGGGUGUUAUCCUGCCAAUAUGGUACCCAGAAAACCCAUCCCUUGGGGACAAAAUUGCCCGUGUUAUCGUAUACUUUGUAGCGCUGAUCUACAUGUUCCUUGGAGUCUCCAUCAUUGCAGAUCGUUUCAUGGCAUCUAUAGAGGUCAUUACAUCACAGGAGAAAGAAAUAACGAUUAAGAAACCCAAUGGAGAGACCACAACAACCACCAUUCGGAUUUGGAAUGAAACUGUUUCCAACUUGACCCUCAUGGCUCUGGGCUCCUCUGCUCCUGAGAUCCUCUUGUCUCUGAUAGAAGUGUGUGGGCAUGGAUUCAUAGCUGGAGACCUGGGGCCAUCUACAAUUGUUGGCAGUGCUGCUUUCAAUAUGUUUAUCAUCAUUGCCAUCUGUGUCUAUGUGAUCCCUGACGGGGAAACCAGGAAGAUAAAACACCUGAGGGUUUUCUUUGUCACAGCUGCAUGGAGCAUCUUUGCUUACAUCUGGUUGUACAUGAUCCUUGCUGUCUUCUCUCCAGGGGUGGUUCAGGUUUGGGAAGGCCUGCUCACGCUUUUCUUCUUUCCACUUUGUGUCGUUCUGGCUUGGAUAGCAGAUAGACGUCUGCUUUUCUACAAGUAUAUGCACAAAAAGUACCGUACUGAUAAGCACAGGGGCAUUAUCAUAGAAUCAGAAGGUGAUCACCCUAAGGGAAUUGAGAUGGAUGGCAAGAUGAUGAACUCUCAUUUUCUAGAUGGGAACUUAGUGACUGUGGAGGGGAAGGAGGUAGAUGAAUCUCGCAAAGAGAUGAUCCGCAUCCUAAAGGACCUGAAGCAAAAGCACCCAGAAAAGGACUUGGACCAGCUGGUGGAGAUGGCCAACUACUACGCCUUGUCUCAUCAGCAGAAGAGCAGAGCCUUUUAUCGCAUUCAAGCAACCAGAAUGAUGACGGGGGCUGGCAAUAUUCUGAAGAAGCACGCAGCCGAGCAAGCCAAGAGAACCACUAGCUUGCAUGAGGUACGGCCAGAGGAACCCGAGGAAUUCAUCUCCAAAAUUUAUUUUGACCCAUGCUCCUACCAGUGUCUUGAGAACUGUGGUGCCGUUCUCCUGACAGUGGUGCGGAAAGGAGGGGACAUGUCCAAGACCAUCUAUGUGGACUAUAAAACAGAGGAUGGCUCUGCCAAUGCUGGUGCUGACUAUGAGUUCACAGAGGGGACUGUUGUCUUGAAAUCUGGGGAGACCCAGAAGGAGUUCUCGGUGGGAAUUAUUGAUGAUGACAUAUUUGAGGAAGAUGAGCAUUUCUUUGUGCGGCUCAGUAACCUCCGUGUGGUGGAGAGUGAGGAACCUCCGGAGCUCAGUAACUCCCCAUACCCAAAGGCCAUAUUGGCUUCUCCUUGCGUGGCCACAGUGACUAUCCUGGACGAUGACCAUGCUGGCAUCUUCACAUUUGAGUGUGACAUUAUACAUGUCAGUGAGAGCAUUGGUGUGAUGGAAGUCAAAGUCCUAAGGACAUCAGGCGCGCGGGGUACGGUCAUAGUGCCAUUUAGGACAGUAGAAGGGACAGCAAAAGGAGGUGGAGAAGACUUUGAAGACACUUACGGGGAGCUGGAGUUCAAGAAUGAUGAAACUGUCAAAACAGUUCACAUCAAGGUAAUUGAUGAUGAGGAGUAUGAAAAAACCAAGAAUUUCUUCAUUGAGCUGAUGAGCCCCCGCAUGGUGGAUAUGAGUUUACAGAAAGGUGUAGUACUGGUGGCUGAGAGGAAGAUGACAGUAGAAGAGGAAGAAGCCAAGAGAAUUGCAGAGAUGGGCAAACCAAUACUUGGCGAGCACCCCAAACUGGAAGUCAUCAUUGAGGAGUCCUAUGAGUUCAAGAGCACCGUGGACAAGCUGAUUAGGAAGACAAACCUGGCUUUGGUUGUUGGGACACAUUCCUGGAGGGACCAGUUCAUGGAGGCCAUUACUGUGAGCGCAGCAGGCGAUGAGGACGAGGAUGAGUCUGGUGAGGAGCGCCUGCCAUCCUGCUUUGACUACGUGAUGCACUUCCUGACAGUCUUCUGGAAGGUGCUGUUUGCCUGCGUGCCCCCCACCGAGUACUGCAAUGGCUGGGCCUGCUUCGUCGUCUCCAUCCUCAUCAUCGGCAUGCUCACGGCCGUCAUCGGCGACCUCGCCUCCCACUUCGGCUGCACCAUCGGCCUCAAGGACUCGGUCACCGCCGUCGUCUUCGUCGCCUUUGGCACUUCUGUACCAGACACUUUUGCCAGCAAGGCCGCAGCCAUCCAGGACAUGUACGCCGACGCCUCCAUCACCAACGUCACAGGCAGCAACGCUGUCAACGUCUUCCUGGGCAUCGGGCUGGCGUGGUCAGUGGCAGCGAUCUACUGGGCAUCACAGGGGCAGGAGUUCCAGGUGUCAGCAGGCACGCUGGCCUUCUCCGUCACCCUCUUCACCAUCUUCGCCUUCAUCUGCAUCAGCGUCCUCCUCUACCGCCGGCGGCCCCACCUUGGGGGGGAGCUGGGCGGCCCCCGAGGGUGCAAAGUGGCCACGACGUUGCUCUUUGUCAGCCUCUGGCUGCUCUACAUCCUGUUCGCCACCCUGGAGGCCUAUUGCUACAUCAAGGGGUUUUAG